UGGGUAGCAGGCCCAGGAAGCCGGGGAACGCUGAGCCUAGUCUUCUCUUGUGGUAUCACUUUAUUCCUCUGCGUCUGGACAACAGUUCAAGUGAACAUCGAGCCACAGGAGAACCUCAAUCCAACCUUGGCACGUUUUAUUCCAAUCAGGGCAUUGAAGAAGAACAAGGCCCUGCUGAAACUUCUCGCGAAAAGGUGGGUCCGCAAGCUGGGUUGGAGCUUAAUCGCCCUAAUCAUGCCCGAGGGGGUCAUGGCCAUCGCAGCCUACGAAAGGAAGAUUGCCAACUUGCUCCUUUCCCAGGUUGACAAGAUUAUCCCCAAGGGACCAGAACGAUGGGAUAUGUUCCUUGCCUACUACGCCAUCAUGGGAGGCUUCGUAAUCCUCGGCAACAGAGGUGAAGAAAACGAUGACUUGCAAGAUAUCAACCGCCUUCUGACGCUGACUCCCUACGGUGUCCUUCAACUACUCAAAUGGCAGUGGGGAUCAUCCACGCAAAAGCACGGCGGCAAAUUGAUUAACAUAACAUCCGACGAGGUCCGGGAUAAGAGUAAUGCGGACUUGUUAAACAAAUUGAUCGUGGCCUGGCAGGCGUUAUGGAUGAUCGCCCAGGUCAUCGGACGGAGAGCGGAAUAUCCGGAUAUACCUGUCACUCUUCUCGAGCUCCACACCUGCCUUCACGCGUUCGCCGCAUUUGCGAUGUACCUUACGUGGUGGAAUAAACCAGUCGAUAUUAAUCUGCCCACAACAGUC